UCGGGCGCGUAACUUUCAGUACUCCCGCCUCGCCUCGCCUGUAGUCCCAUUUUCCUCUCCCCUCGCGACGGCGACGGCGGCGGCGAUUGGCUUCCCCGCUCGCCUGAAUUCUCUCGUGGCUUCUUUGCCUAGCACAUCUCUGACCAAAUCGCGUCACCUCUCCACCAUCCCGUACCUUCCCCCUUGCUCGCACAACCGAAGCUCCGAUCCGACCGGACGCGGCUGCAAGGUCUCUCCAUUGCCCGCCGCUCACCCAGCUAGUACCCAACCACCACCGGAAGCUUCAAUCCCGCCACCACGAUCCGGACUCCUCCACGCCGGACUCGUAUCGCCGUCGCUAUCGCCGCCGCCAGUCAGAGUCGAGAAUAAGCAGCAGUGAUCUGUCCAACUUGGUGGAAUGCCUUGUUACUACGAUGUUGAUGACAUCCUCAUGGAGGAGGAGCCUAUUUUGUUAGUUUUCCAAGUAACUGCAAAUGGCGUCGGUCUGCUAGAUCCUGGUGCUGAGAGAAACAGUGUUGAAAAGGGUGCGAAGGUCGACCUUCCAUUCUGGCUUGCACACGGGAUGCUGUGUCUAGAACAAGCGGUGUCAAUAAAUGUACCUCCUUGCUUCACCCAGAAAACUCGGAAGGAGAUCCAAGCUGAUGCAGCUUGUGUUGAUUUGAGGAUUCGGUGCCCUUACUUUUAUGAGCUAGGAUGCAAGAUUGUUCCUUUGGUGAGUGAUAAGAGCAUUGGCCAGUUCUUGCGCUAUGCAUUCACCAGUAGGUACAAGGAGAUACUAAGCAAGUCACACAGCUCUUCCACAAUGACAGUGCCCAAGUUUGCCUCACGCCUUACAAAAGAAGAAACUCAAGUGUUCGAAUCUGCUAGGGAAUCGAUGGCUGCUUUCAAGAGAUGGCGUGUUGGGGGUGCAAGGCUACAGAAGGCAUCCAUUCUUGGCAGGAAGAGGAAGACAAAACUUCCUGAUGGGUCCUCUACGACCUGAAAAGUAACUGUGUUUACCGCUGGAAUGAAGCAUUAGAGCUAGUGUAUGUAGACUGGUUGAUCCGGUACUGUAGUGAAAGGAAAAAAAAAAGCGAAGACAAUUCCGUUAUGAGAUCAGACAUCGAAUAUCUUACUUAAAUUAGCUCAUAUUCCCAUGACCUGCAAGGAAAUACUACCAACUUAUUUAUUUUUUCUAUGACAGCAACCAACUUAUUUGUUUGUAUGGAAAAGCCCCAACUGUCUAUAAAGCAGCAAGCUAGUGUUGCUGAUGCAGGACUUUGGCGGGGUUUGAAGCUACAACUCCUGCAUAUAUAUGGGCAUUGCAAAUGACAAUUCAAAA